CCCCCGACCCAUCGCGCUUCGCCCUUCGAUCGCCCUCGCCCCCCAUGGCCGACAAGACCAGAAGCGUCGCCGGCGGAAGGCGCCAGUCCAGCCGGCUCCAGCGGCGCGCCCCGGCGUCCCUCCAGAUCGCCAGCCCGGCCUCGCAGCAGUGGAACGUCGCGAUCCCCCUCCUCUCGCCCCUCGCGGCCUCCCCGACCUCGCCGCCGACGAGGCUCGCCGACCGGUCGUCGGCGCCGGCCAAGCCCAGGGAGGACCCGAGGGCCGCAGCCGAUCCGGAGAAGAAGCCGGUGCUGGCGUUCAAGAAGUGGCAGCACCCGGCGGCCCCGUUCUGCUACGAGCCGGGCCCGCUGAAGCCGUCGUUCGUCCCGGUGUGACCCGGUUUUCUCCGUGUAUAGAAGAAAGGAUGAAUCUGUCUUUAGGGGGGUCCUGUGAUUAGAUCUGACGGUGCUCGUGCGCUUCCUGAAAAAGCGCGAGCGAUUAACUUCAA